UAUUGAUUUAUUUUUUUCGGUUAACCGAAAAAACCGAAUUAUUAGUACAUGGAUUCUUUAAAAUAUAUAUUCCAUACUUAUAUAGACUAAGGCCCAAUUUUAAGUCUCAUAAAAAUCAGCCCAUCCCAAACCCAAUUGCCCAAAAUCCAAAUACACUAGGGUCCUUCUCAGUUCACUCAUCAGCUCCUUUUCUUUUCCCAUUCUUAGGCUAGGACUUUUCUUCUCUUCUCAGUUCUCUCUAUCGGCAGUUCCUCCCCCCAAAUACGCUAGGGCUUCCAUUGAUACACUGGUGGUUUUCCCAAAUACGCUAGGGAUCUGUCAUUGUCGUCAAAUUUCUUGUGGCGAUGGAAGAAAAUGGAAGUAGGGUAAGCGAAACCUGCGAAGGUGGGGGUUCAAAUGAUAGCAUACCUAAUACUGAAGGUCUCAGUCCAGACAGUCCUGAUGAAGCUCCAAAGAAAAGGAAAGCGAUGCAACCUAGAUCUGAUGCUUGGAAACAUUUUGAGAAGUAUGAUGAUCCUAGUGGAGCUAAAAGAGCAAAAUGUAACUACUGUCAAAAAACUUAUGCUGCUGCUACGAAAGGUAAUGGUACUACAUCAAUGAACAAUCAUCUCACUAAGUGUCCCAAAAUGCCCCGUAGCAUGGAAAAUAGUCAAACACAAAUCAGUUUUCUACCAGCUUCAAAUGGGGCAAAUGAAGGGGUGCUUACCACUUGGAAAUUUGAUCAAGCACUUAGUAGGAGAGCUUUAGCUCAAAUGAUAAUUUUGGAUGAACUGCUAUUUAGUUUUGUUGAAAAGGAAAGAUUUAAGAAGUUUAUGGGAGUCACAAUGCCUCAAUUUCAAAUUCCUUCUCGUAGAACAUUGACAAGAGAUUGUUAUGCACUUUAUUGUGAACAAAGACAGUUUGACGAACUCCUUCAAUGAAGCACGUCCUAAAAUCUGUCUUACAACAGAUACUUGGACUUCUAUACAAAGAAUAAACUAUAUGUGUCUUACUGCUCACUUUAUUGACAAAGAUUGGAAAUUGCAUAAAAGGAUAAUAAACUUUUGUCCUAUCUCUAGUCGUAAGGGUGAUGAUAUGGCAUCGGCAAUUACUAAUUGCUUGCUUGAUUGGGGGUUGGAAAAUGUAUUUACUAUAACUGUAGAUAAUGCUAGUUCCAAUGAUGUCACAGUAAGAGAAGUGUCUAAACAAUUGACUACUUGGGGAACUAAUAUAAUGAAUGGUAAACACCUGCAUGUUAGAUGUAUGGCUCACAUACUUAAUCUCAUUGUACAAGAUGGGUUGAAAGAAAUUGGUGUUUCUAUCAAGAGAGUUAGACAAGCUGUGAGAUACAUUAGACAAUCUCCCGCUAGGAUUAGAAAGUUUAAAGAAUGUUGUGAAUCUCAAAAGUUAACUUCCAAGAGAUCAUUAUGCUUAGAUGUUUCAACUCGAUGGAACUCUACAUACAUGAUGUUAGACACAACACAACAAUUUGAGCUUGCCUUUGACAAAUAUAGUUUCUUUGAUAUUGGAUUGUUGUAUCAUCUUCGUACCUAUGUACGUGAAGAUGGAACUAGUGCAGGUGAUCUCACAAGUGCUGACUGGGAUAAUGUGAGAAUAACGGUAAAAUUUCUUGAAGCUUUUUAUUUGCUUACUUUGAGGGUCUCUGGUUCUAUUUAUGUCACUUCCAAUGUGCAUUUUGUUGAAAUUUGUGAGCUUGAUCUUAUUUUGAAAGAGUGGAUGGAACAUGAAGAUACUAGUUUGAAAGAAAUGGCAAAAAAAAAUGAAAGAAAAAUUUGCCAAGUAUUGGGGUGAACCUGAAAAAAUGAACAAGAUGAUCUUUAUUGCAUCAAUUUUGGAUCCCCGUAACAAGCUUGAAUAUGUUCCUUUUUGCAAUUGUGAGGAUGUUUGGAGAAAAAGAAGGGAAAAAAUUGAUUUUAGAGGUGAAAAAUUAUAUGGAUUCUUUGAUUUAUUAUUAUGUAAAAAAAAAUUCAAUAGGAACAUCAUCUACUUCAUUUGGAAACACAACAGCUAUUGUCAGUGGUUAUGGUAGCUUUUUGAAAAGAGGAACAAUGAGAACAAAAUUGGAAUUUGAGAAACAUAAGGAAGUGACCGGAGGUUUAGGUACUAAAUCAGAGUUAGAAAGAUAUCUUGCUGAAGAUUUUGGGCCUGAAACAGAUGACUUUAAAAUCUUAAAGUGGUGGAAAAUCAAUGAGCCUAGA